AGGAGAGGUCGGAGCCGUCUCCAGGAGCCCUUAGAGACCGAGUCCUCGGCGGCUGCGGUGUUAGCAGGGGCGGCGCACUGAUUCAUUCCACCAUUUAAAACGUGAAACAUUGAGCCCCACAAAGUCUUACUGAUUGCGGGUGAAAACAAUCAUUGAAGAUGUCCAGCAAAACAGCAAGCACCAACAACAUAGCCCAGGCAAAGAGAACUGUGCAGCAGUUAAGAUUGGAAGCCUCCAUUGAAAGAAUAAAGGUUUCAAAGGCAUCUGCGGACCUCAUGUCCUACUGUGAGGAGCAUGCCAGAAGUGACCCUUUGCUGAUAGGGAUUCCAACUUCAGAAAACCCUUUCAAGGAUAUAAAGACUUGCAUCAUCUUAUAGUGGGAUAAUCAAACAGUUCCUCGUCUCUUCUCAACAAAGCAAAUUAUGAGCAGCUCCUUGAAGAGAUUUACCUUGAGCUUAUUUGGUAACCACUGCUAAUAACUAAAAUGCUCUUAACUUGGAA